GGUUCGGGAAUGCCAGAAAUCUUAAUAGUCGAUCUAAAAUACCAAAAUGAGUUCGGAAUCGGUCCCUCAAGAUGUUGAGUCGAAGCCAGCACCGUCCAAGGAUCCCAACGCUGGGCACGAAUAUGAGGAUGUGCUUCAAUUAAUCGGAUUCGGGCGAGUGCAGUGGAUCGUCCUUUUGGCGGCAGGACUACUCCUGAUGAUGGUCAUAAACGAGACCAUGGGCAUGUCAUACAUAACCAUCGUGUCCCAGUGCGACUUUGAAAUGAAUUCAAUGGAUAAGGCGAUCAUGAGUGCUGCCAGUUUCAUUGGCAUAUUCUGUUCCUCCUACUUUUGGGGCUACCUAAGUGACACUGUUGGUCGAAGGCCAAUAUUGAUAUAUACAACGAUCGCCGGCAACGUGUUAUCCUUGUGCUCCACGGUUAUUCCAAACUACUGGUUUUACGUCUUUAUCCGCUUUGGCGUUGGAUUUUUCAUUGCGGGAGCAUCAUCAACAACCUAUGCGUAUCUUGGCGAAUUCUUUACUCCUCGUCACCGCCCGAUCGCCAUUAAUUAUGCUAGUCUUUUUGUGGGAAUUUCGACUGUUUAUGUUCCUGCUACCGCUUGGUUAAUCCUUUCAAUGGAUUGGAGUGUAAAUGUGACGGAGGACUUCUCAUUUCGUCCUUGGCGAUUGCUGACAAUUUGCUAUCUGCUGCCUGGUGUCAUAGGAACUCUAAUGUUGUGGACCCUUCCGGAGAGUCCCAAGAUCCUAAUGUCCCUGCAUAAGAAUGAAGAGGCUUUUGCAGCUGUGGAUUGGAUUGCAGUUACAAACUCCGGAAAACACUUGCAUGAAUUCAAGGUUCAUAAGUUGAAAACGGAAGCAAACUCAGACGGAGAAAAUAUAUUACUUAUAUCUAAGUCAGCGUUUACCACCAUUAAGAAAAUGUGGAAGGAAACUCUGCCUCUUCUGAAAAGACCUCAUUUGGUAAACUUCGUAAUUAGCUGUACAAUUAUGUGCGGUUUAUUUUUCAGUUCUUCGGGAAUGGGUCUUUGGUAUCCAGAAAUACAAAAUCGAUUGGGUUCGAAUACUGCCGAUGAUUCAAUGACAGUUUGCGAAGUGAUUGAUGCAUCAAUUGAUCAGAUGCAAGCCAAUACUACCAAUAAAAUUUGUGAUGAUCAUAUCAACACUAAGAGUUACAUAGACACAAUUACCUAUGGAUCCGCCCUUAUUGUGGGCUAUAUACUGAUGGGCCUGGUUAUAAACACAAUUGGUCGUAAGGCCUCCAUUUCUAUUGGUCUUUCGUUAGCCGGAGCUUGUGCAGUGGCAUUAAUCUUCAUCAAGGACGAAGUGGUGAUUGUGGUUUGCUUCUGUUUAUACCUGGUACUGCCAGGACUUUGCGUAUCGAUCCUAAGUGGUGCCGUCGUCGAUCUUGUACCCACGCACCUUCGCGGAAAAGCGGUCUGCAUUUGCCUGAUGCUGGGACGUACGGGCAGCGUUUUUGGUAGUAACAUCAUUGGAGUUCUAUUGGAGUCCUACUGCUCUCUUACCUUCGGGGUCUUCUCUGGAUUCGUCCUGGUUUGUGCGAGCUUGACGUUACUGUUACCCAUUUGAGAUUUGCCACCAUAAUUUAAGUAAUAUAAUUUAUAUUUAAUAUAGGCUAAUAAUAAUAAAUAUUAUAUAUAAAAGA